AUGCAAAGUGAGCGAUCGUCUUCCAAGAGCUUUAGUUUUAUCUCGGAAGGAUCGUUCUGUGUCAAUAGCAGUAGUACCUAUGACUGGGACUGCGUCGGUGGUGCUGGAGACGAUAGUUAUCGCCUUCAAGUACCGAGAGAUAGACGUGCUGAUUCGACGACGGUGACGGACAAUGUCGAUGAAUUAUUGAGUCUUAAUUCACAGUCUCAAGUAGCUACAGGAGCUAGAAACAUACAUCAAUGGGGACUGAAAGACUCUUUCAUGCUCGAUCAGACGCGACCGGACUCGGAGAUUCCUAUCGUCGGCAGGUCUAGCUCCGCUCCACCGUCCGUUCAGCUGCUUCAGGAACUUGUCCGACCGUCUGAGAGGAGGCGAGCAGCUACAGCACCAGCAUCAGGCAUGUUCAACCAUUUAUUGUAUGGAAGUUUACGUGCAGGUAUAUUGGCUGACCUUUUCUCGCCGCUAUAUUGUGGACUGGCGGUUUCAGCGGCAGCGACAGGCUUUAUGGUGCCAUUCCUCGCUAACACCUUCCAGCCAUUAUUGUGCGUGUAUCUUAGCCUCAGUAGUGACCAAUGCGCGGCUACGCUUCGUUUUCUUAAAUUACCGGGAGCUAGCAGCUUUUUUAUUGGUUUGAUCUCCGAUUUCUACCCGAUCUGGAACUUCCACCGUAAGUCGUAUAUGCUCGGGGGGUGGAUUUUUGCCUACAUGGCGUUGAUGGCGCUUGCUAUUGUAGCAUUGAGUGACGAUAGCACGGGGUUAAUGAACUCUGGUGUCAGGAGCUUAUAUGGAGGUGCGGUCUACGUGAUUCUGAUGAUGGCAGCCAGUUUAGGUGUCACAGCGGCGUCAGUUGCUGCAUUUGCCUUUUUGGUGGAAUUAUCACAGCGCGAGCCAAUUCACGAACGUGGCAUGCUUUUGGUACAGUAUUUGUUAACACAGGAAACGGCAACGCUGUUGGCAAAUAUUAUGAUAGCGGUCGUGGUGAGAUACGAUGAAAAGUCAGGAACAACAGAGGCGCUGAUUUCAAUGAAAGUGAUCAUUUUGAUCAUGGCAGUGGUGACAUUGGUACCGAUACCAGCGGUAUUGUUUCAACUAGAUGAAGAACCUAGGCAGCUCAAGGUAGAUUCGGUGGAUCGAUUAUCACUCACGCGCCAACUGUGGCGUAUUUUGCAGCAAGAGGCAGUGUGGCGCAUAAUUUUUUUCGUUUGCUGUUGCGUCUUUUUGUCUUCAUUUCGAUUCACUUUUGUCGAUGAUGCCGUAUUGUACUGGGCAAACACUACACCGGAUAACAAGCGUAUGGGUGAGAUCCCAAAACAGAUUAUCAUGAUUCUUUCGAUCUUGGCGUUUCAGCUCACACUGUUCAACUACAGUUGGAUACGCAUCUCUGUAGGAGGCAUACUACUGGGUGUGGGAGUGAAUUUGAUUGCAACACUCCCGACAAUCUUUGACGGUGUCCGCAGCGCUUGGUACACCAUGUCAAUUUCUUCAGUAUUUGGAAUCUCGCGUGCAGCCGCAUUACUGGUAACGUUACUCCCGCUUGUGGAGAUUACAGAGAACUGUCUGGAAGGUGCGACCACGGGACUUGUAUCGUCAUAUACUGCACUGAUCAAUAUGGUGAUUUUGACAUUCUCGGAUGUGAUUAGCACAUCGAGCGCACAGCUCGAAAAAGACUUUGCAGCUGAUGUAAUUGCAGAGGACGCGUCCAAAACGCGCACUCAGAUUUUGUCGUUUGUGAUGGCAAACAGCGGGAUCAAUUUACUGGCAUUGAUCCCAAUCCUCUAUUUAUUGCCACGCCAGAAGCUGGAAGCUCAAGAGAUCCGCUCGUAUGGCGAGUACAAUUGUUUUGCUGGAAUUGCAAUUGCAGCUCUUUUUCUUGGGCUUGUCGCGUAUGCUGGUAUAGUAAACCUGUUGGUGCUGCUGAACGACACUGAAAGAUGA